AUGCUUCUUGGUUCCGCAUUUUCCCUCGCGCACGAACUUGGCAUAUUUGAACCUGAGGAUCGUGGCUCAAUACCCACCAAACAUUCUAAUCCUGCUUUUGUCACCCACAACAGAAUUCGCAAACAGCGCGUUCAACAACUUCUCUAUGUUUACAUCAACCAACUGGCUUCUCGAAUAGGAUGUAUGUCCUUGAUGCCCCAAAAUCUCAACCGCGCCAUCAGCAAAGUCCACAGCACUAGUUUAUCCGAGACCAAGACCGAGUGGACGACGUUCAUGGACUCAUGGAUGGAUCUCACCAAACUCACGAGAUCUGUCAAUGAUAUGCUUUUCCCGUCUGCCUCAUUUGCGAAACAGCAGCUUCACAGUGGACGUUACAUAGGAUUAUUAGAUCAUUUCCGUCCCUUGCUGGCGCAAUGGCGUGCUCGUCAUCUCGAUGCGCCGACGGGACUUAAUACGAAUUUUGUCAAUAUUCUUCAUAUCGAAUACCACUACGUCCGCGUAUACACGCAUUCGUUCGGUAUGCAAGCCGUCGUUGAGCGUGUCCUGGCCGACGCCCACUCUCACUCCAAUUCCAUCUCAUCCAACAACAAUAAUGCCUACAACAGCAAUGACGUCGACGCAAACACCAACCAACGUACCAACGCCGAAAUCAACCUUGACCCCAUCGACCACGAAUUUAUACAAGAAGUAAUCGACGGGUCCUGCCAAAUCCUCAAAAAGGUAAUCGAACUUGCACAGGCCGACAAAUUACGMUUUUCGCCAGUGCGUAUAUUUCUGCGGGUCACCAGUUCAUCGAUCUUCUUGCUCAAAGCGCUCAGUCUGGGUGUGCGACACACGAAGCUACAGGAAUCUCUCGAUGUACUUGAAAAGAGUAUCCAAGCUCUUAGGUCUAAUAUUUUGGAUGAUGUGCAUCUCGCAUCUCGUUACGCGAUUUUGUUGGAAGUUCAUCUUUCCCGAUUGAGAAGGAAUUUGGUUGCCUCGUCUUCAUCCGCAGCGAUGAAUAAGAUCGGUACUGGAGCUGGGGCUGGAAUUACAGUCAUGCCAUCUUCGUCUUCGACGACAAGGAAUAGUACUCGCCCAUCCUCUACACAGCCUUUUUUUAAGGGCGUAGAGAUGGACCCGGGUACAAAUCGCAUGUAUACCAGCAACCCGAAUAGUGACAGCGCGUCUGAUGAUGUAGUAAUGACUCAAACAAUGCCGCAGUCUUCUUCAUAUGUGACGGGUAAUGAGAACGCAGGGCCAGUUCAUAUGGCGGAUGAUAACGACUGGUUAUUUUCGUUGCCGUUUGAUCCAUCUAUGGCUCCUUUUGGGCCAAGUGGUGGGCAAUUGUCUGGCUUUGAUGGUGGGACGUUGGACUUUCUAUGGAAUUUACCUGAGUAA